AUGGCGACCAAAGAUGAGAAAGACAGUUUGGACCUUAAUGCAAAGAUAGAGGAUACAGACAUUUUAACAAAUUUCAGAAAUAAUGGUGAAAAAGUAGAUGCAGUGCAAUUGUGUAGUAAAAUACUAGGUAUAGUUACUGAAGCAGAUGAAGUUUCUGAGGACAUAAAACUACUAGGAAGUACAGGGGAAGGAGUUUCCAGAGACAGUGAUGUUGAUAGUAUGUUUGUAUUUAGAAACUGCCAUGUGUACGAACGCUACAUCACGACCAACCCCAAAGCAGGGUGGCUAUUUCAGAUGCAAUCUUGCACUACUAAUUCUGGAUAUGUUAAGCUCCGUGUGAAACAGCAAGGAAAUAUCCAAACCUGGAGGCCACAUGGUUAUGAUUUUACCCAAGUAGUGCAGUAUGAUGAAACAUCAGACUGUUAUUAUUUCGCCAAUAAUUUGCUUUCAUGUUUGCACAAUCUCGUAAAGAAGAAGAAGGAAAUAGUUGGGUUAAAUUUAAUUACUUCAGGUCCAUGCUUGACCGUGUUAGAUUACGAACGAGACAUGGAUAUGACUAUGGGAAUGAAGUGUCCUGAAUGGCCGUCAGUGGCUGCUGAAUGGAUAUCGCGAGACAGAUCCAAAAGAUGGCCAUCAAGAGGAUUCAUAGAUCAACAAGUUAUGCGUGGUUGUUACCUGGUUCCAGUUGGAUGUAAGGAAUGCAAACAAACACAUCUAGACUGGAGAAUUUCAUUUGUGCAUGUAGAACAAGAACUAGUCCGCAUAAUGAAUGAAAACCAAAUCAAAUGCUACAUUAUUCUGAAACAGCUGAAGAAAUUUUUUUUCAAGGUCAAAAUUCCAGAAGUUAUAACUUCCUACGUCAUCAAGACAAUACUGUUCUGGACUGUAGAAGAAUCAUCUCCAGAACUUUGGCAACCCCACCAACUUCUUACAGUGGUGCAAUUGUGUUUGGACAAGUUAAUCACAUUUGUACAGGAUGGCUUCUGCCCACAUUACUUCAUCAGGACAUGUAACUUGCUCGUCCGAAGAUGUUCUCCCGAGAAUAGGAGUAUUGUCUUACAAACAUGUUUGGAAGCCAGACGAAAUCCAAUGAAAAUACUCCGUCAAACCCCUCUGUAUGUAAAUGCCAUACCUGGACAGCACCAGAAAUCUGAUUUGCAGGAUUCUUUGGACAUAAUACUUCUUUCAGAACAAAUUCAACGCAGCUUACAAGAGACGCUAUCAAACACGGACACAGAAAAAAAGUUAGAAGAGUAUUGCAUAUAUGUUAUAGAGCAGAUUGAUUAUUUGUCUUAUAACAAUAAAGGAAGACGUAGACAGGUGAUUCAGAAAUUUCAGAAGGUCAUACACAAUGUCACAGAACGAUUACUCCAGAUAUGUUCUCUGGGCCAGGCACACCAGAAGGAACUCCUUGAUAUCAAAGCAAAUUGCAACGAUGAAGAGGAUGUGAAUGACAUCGCAAACACCUGUCACUUACUUAUGGUGACUGAAAACUACACCAGGUGUCAUAAUAUACUUGGAAAGUUUGUCAAAGCUCAAAAGCACAAAGGUUAUAGUAGGUUACUGAGUAUUUCAGGAAAGGAUAUAAACGACAAGAACUUGAACAACAUUUUGAUGAACAAAAUUACCCAUGACAUUUGUGGAGAGAUACCACGUAUCUCAGAUUUAAUAUUCCUGCAAUUAGAAGAGAACAUUCUUCCUACCCCACUUCAAACUGAGUUCUGUCCGAUAAUGAGUGGUAAUACAGAAGUUGACACACUGCCCAGAAUCAGAAAAACCAUCACUGUAGAUCCACUUGUGUAUGCGUGUUUCCUGAGGUUCUGGUGCAGUGUGAAGAUGGACCAAAACAUUCAAAAGCUCAUGGCCCGGGACGAUAUGGUGUGGUGCUGUGGUCUGAGUUCCAUAUCGCAGAAAUCAGUUGCCCUGAACCUACUGGCAUUCUGCCAUUCUCAGCUAGAGGAGUAUGAAGAAGCAUUUGCAGUACUUUGUCAGGCGUUCAGAGAGAAACCAGUAAACUGUUCCACUCUGGUUCAUAUUGCAAAUCUGGUAAAUAAUAAAAUAAGAGAGGUCUUUUGA